AUCAGGAAGUGUGUGAAGCCUUCGACCAAACAAGUACUGCAGAGCUCAGUGAGGAAGAAUGUGGUCCUGUCAAGAGGGUAUCAAAGAAAAAAAUAUACCCAGGGUUUAUUUUAGAUGAGGAUGAGCAUGAAAGCAGGACGAAGUGGAUCGGUCUGUCCUUUCCAAAACCACCAUCGAUUCGAGAAAUGUCUAACCAGGCAUUAGGAUCAGAAGAAAAUGAUUAUAAAUCCAGGUCCAGGAGUCCAUUCCAUGACUCUUUGGUCCAAAGUUCUCGCUCUCUACGCCAGUGGUCCCACACUCCCAGCCACAGCACUGUACGCCAACAGUCCCACACUUCGCACCACAGCACUUCACGCGAGAGGUCCCACACUCUGCGCCACACGACUUCACACCACCGGUCCCACACUCCGCACCACAGCACUUCACGCGAGAGGUCCCACACGCCACACCACACAACUUCAUGCCACCGGCCCCAAUCUCCGACUCACAGCACCCCACACCAGUGGUCCCGCACUCCACGCCACAGCUCUUCACGCCCACAGGACAGCUCUCCACACCAGCGCUCCAGCUCUUCUUAUGAGUUCUCCCAAAGACCAGCUAGGGGGAACCAGCACAGAGAGGGUGGAGAGCUAUUCCCAUUAGAUAGUGGAAACUUCCAAAGGCGGGUCCUUUAUCUUCUUUCUGAUAUUCGGGCAAAGCUGUCAGAGGUGGGCCAAAACCGUGAGCCCCCAGAGUCUCAGCUCCACCUUGAGAAAAUGAACAGCAGGCGUGAGCUAAAAAAUCUGGAAGGGCAACUGGCCAUUGAAGAAAAGAGGAAUGUGAUGGUGUCUCGAUUAGUCAGGACUGGGGGUGCAGACCUUGAGGACUGUGUAAAAAAUAUGAUGAAAAGAGUUCUUACCAACAGAUUGAUGGCAACAAUGAACAUGGACAGCUCAGGGGUGAAGAAGGCCUUUGGAAAAACACGGCUAUGCCGUGUUAUAAUAGAUCUUGUCCUAGUCUCCAGUGGUGCAGAAACUUUCUUUGGUUCCCCAGUAUCAGACAACCUCACAUUGUCUCCAACAGGUUUCAGGCGAUACACAGUCAAGGCCAGAUUUCUUAUCAGCACACAAUCUCCUACUGCCAAGGUCUGA